UUUAUGAUUCAAUCUGUUUUCUUAUCUUAUCUUUUCGUGCUAAAGCGAUAAAGCUAAAUUUGUUUUAUUUUGCUUUACGUAUUGAUCCAAAAGUGUUAUAAUUAAAGUUUCGAGAUGUCUAGUACAGAAUCUGUUGAUGUUCCUUUACACACACCAAAUCGUUUGCAAGAUUUAUUCAACCAGGUUGAUCGAGAUAACGAUGGGAGGGUCACUUACUUAGAACUUUGGCAGUUUCUGCGUUACAAUCGCCAUGGAAUUCCAAAAAACAAAGUUAGGAAGAUCCACGAAAAAGCCGAUAGAAACGACGAUGAAACGUUGUGUUAUGAAGAAUUUAAACAUUUCGUUUUGGAUCCUGAAACUAAAAUUUUCGAUAAAUACUUCAACAAUUACAUGAAAGUAUUAUUACCCCAAAAACAUCAAUUGGCGAUAAAAUCGCGUGGUUUAGACACCAUCGAUGGGGCGUACGAAGAAAGAUAUUCGUGUUGGCCCCCAAAACUCUGCAUGAUCAUCAUUUCGCUCGUUAUAAUUAUUUUUUACAUCAUCGAUGCCGCCAAAGCUGAAUCAAACAGGUUUGGGCCAAUUUCGUGGGGAUUAAUUUAUAACCCACGCCGUAGAAAGGAAGUUUGGAGGUUCCUAACUUACAUGUUUGUCCAUAUUGGCAUUAACCACCUCCUAAUGAACAUAAUCGUCCAAAUCUUCCUUGGAUUACCCCUGGAGAUGGUCCAUAAAUGGUGGCGAAUCCUAAUUGUUUAUCUUUUCGGUGUAUUAGCGGGUUCUUUGGGCUCAUCAAUCGUUGAUUCCCACUCGUAUUUAGCCGGGGCGAGCGGAGGUGUUUAUGCUUUAAUGACGGCUCAUAUUGCUAGUGUUGUUAUAAAUUGGAAAGAAAUGCGUUACCCCUUACCCCAAUUAUUAAUUUUCCUCAUUUUAAUCACAGCCGAUGUUGGCUCAUCAAUUUAUAAUCGCUACGUUCACGAAGGUGCUUCAAUUUCUUACGCGGCUCAUUUCUUCGGAGGAUUGGGUGGACUCUUAAUGGGAACGAUUAUUUUGGAUAAUAUAAAAGUGAGGAAUCACGAGAAAAUUAUCAAAUACGUUUCUAUUUGUUUAAUUUCGUUGUUAAUAAGCGUUGCUGUUGUUUAUAACGCGAUGGCUGAGUCACACUUUCCAAAACAAGAUGUCUAAUUUUUAAUAAUACUUUUUUACUUUGUAAAUAAAUUAAUUUAAUUUAAGUAAUACUAAUUAAAAAU